UAGUUUAGCAGUGCAGUCUGGGUAAAGGUUGCAGCAGAAUGAUUUGCAUUAUAGAGUGAGGCACAUGGUCCACAGAAGUCUCCCAGCACAGUACAGGAGGACUGAUCAACCAUGGCUAGCAAGUUGAGCCAGAGCAUUGCUACCCAUACCCGGUUGUGGUACUUGAUAGACGCUCGUGGGCAAGUAGUCGGGAGGUUGGGCUCAAUGGUCUCUCUACUAUUGCAAGGCAAAACGAAGCCGAUCUACCACCCAGCAGUUGACAUGGGUGAUAAUGUGGUUAUUAUCAAUACAAGAGACAUUGUGUACACUGGAAACAAGUGGAAAGAUAAACUCUUCAGGCACCACACAGGCUAUCCAGGUGGGCUAAAAGAAGUGGCAGCUUGGAGGUUGCAUGAGAAGGACGCAACACAAGCACUCAGGAAAGCAGUCAAUGGAAUGCUGCCAAAAAACAAUCUUCGCAAAAAAAGAAUGAGACGGCUACAUCUUUUUCCUGACAGUGACCAUCCAUAUGCCCUGAACAUUUACAAGGUAUUAGAAGGACCGUCAGCAGUUUACAAGAAACUGGAUGAAUAUACAAAGGAUGAAGUUCAGAACUUUCCCGAAAUUGUUCGAGUUCCCCAUUUAUGAUUCAUCUACACUUAUAUGUAUGUUAAUUAUUAUGUAUGUAUUAUGUAUGUUAAAUUUAUGUACCGUAACCGCGUUUAUGAUGUUAAGUUCAUGUACCAUUCUGUAUUGGUAUUAUAUGUAUGAUGCAAUGACUCUAAUUUGUCACUCCUCA